AUGACUGGUCGUAAAUGCGGUAUGGCAUUCCGCAUGGGCCAUGUAGUCCGUGUCUUCUCCCCUAGGCGUGUUCAAGUCCGAUUUCCUGGUGGCGUGCUGACUUACGAGAACGCAUUCAACUUGGUCAUCUUACGUCCUUUCCCAAGGCUUGACCCCAAUAUUCCUGUGGUGUCACGUGAAGGACUCCGCCUACGAGUGCAGGAUGACCAAAAGGUUGAUCAGUGGCGGUCUGGUGUCGUCACUUACGAUCCUUGUGAUGUUGGUGACGACCGGGUCUGGAUACAAUUUGACAACGGUGAUACUCCGGAGUUCAUAUCUCUUGGCACUCGUCGAUGGCAGCUCUCAGACGAAGAGACAAACAACAAGGCCGAUAUCAAUGAUUAUGCUCGCGUGUCCUCGCAAGGGGGGCGUGAUGAGACCGAAGAUUGUCUCAUAGAAGAACCACUUCCCUCUCGUGUCGGGAUGCGUAUCUCUGUUGCCACUGGUAUAUCUGCCGGCCUCCGUCGUCCCCGUCGUUACUGGUCCUCAGGCCGAGUUUGUGGCGUGCGCAGGUCUGGCGCCCUAGAUAUCUUAUGGGACGGCUCCGAAACGGCUGGCUGUGAAACUAUCCGAGUUGAUGAUACUGAAGUCAAAGUGUUGCGAUGA